CUUACACACCUCCGCUUCCCACUCAUAACACUUCCAACCUUGUCUUCUCCAGGCUGGCCAAAUGCGCUGUGAUUUUGGAGAGUGCAUACAGGGAAUCCCUCGUGCCCACCGACUGAAUUCUCCUCAGACCUGCGAACGGCAAUGAGACUGACGUUGAUAGCAACCUCGAGUCACUGAAAGUGGCAACCACCACGUCCCCCAGGUGAUGGAUCCUCGACAAUUCUGGGAGCAGGCCAAGUUGUCCUUUCCCACAGAGCCUUUCACUGGCUUUGUGUAGGUGAUUAGAUCAACGCCAAAAUUCAACACAAGUGAUCCACGUGCACCUUACGCCGAGGAUCUAGUGCUCCCACCUAUCCGUUCCAUUGAUCGCGGUGUUUCCUCCGUGUUCAUCAUGGAUAGGCUGUCCCAGCCGACGUUAAACGCGACACAACCAGUCGAAGACCCUCGCAGGCGAGGAACCAACCUGUCCAAUGUCUCGGACGUCGAUGCCACCGAUGUGAUCUGCCUGCUGCACCCAAAUUCACCAGCAGCCUUUGACGGCGUCAAGGCCAACCUGGUCAUAGCCCCGCAGCACAUACUGCAAAACGAUGAUCUUGGUGGCAUUACCGAAGAUGAUGUGGACUUCAAUCCCAAUUACCAGCAACCUCGGGAUAUUGCUUUGCGCAUGUCCUCAGAGGUCAGGAAUCCCAAAGACGGUUACCGAUUUGGCCGAUUACGCUCGACGUGUGACAUAGUCCUAACUUCCAACCCCGAAGAGGCCUUGGUGAGCAAGACACACUUCAAGAUUUUUGUCAACAGCCAAGGCAGUCUUAUGCUACAAGACUUAUCCACUAACGGCACCAUUGUGGACGAUAUCCAUCUUACCACGCGGAAGCGUAAAGAGGAUAAAAAGGUGCAAACCGCCACCACUGUACUGAAGAACGGUUCCAUCAUAUCGGUAGUUGCAGGGAGGAGCAGGGAUGAGGUUAAGUUCAUGGUGCGCAUACCAAACCGGGGCGAUAAAGAGGAUGAAUAUGAGGAGAACCUGAGGAAAUAUCUGGCGGCGAGAGGCAGUGUUGCGCAGUUUGCGUCGAUGCGAGAAAGCUCCUACGGGAACCACUGGAACGGUGGGAGCCUUUAUAACUUCACCGGCAUGCUCGGCAAAGGAGCAUUUGCCACUGUCUAUCGAGUGCAGACAAAGAAGGAAGGCGAUGUCUAUGCUGCGAAGGAGCUUGAUAAACGUCGGUUCAUCAAGAACGGCAUUCUCGAUAUGAAGUUCGAUAGUGAACUCAAUAUCAUGAAGAAUCUAUCGCAUCCCAACAUUGUCAAUUACGUCGACUGUCAGAACUAUCAGCAUUGGAUUUACAUUCUAAUGGAGUAUGUCCCUCAUGGCGAGCUAGCGGAAGAACUGAGGCGAAGAGGAAGGAUUGCAGAAAAUGAGGUACAGCAAAUCACCCGCCAAAUCCUGCAUGCCCUCGACUAUCUCCACAAACAAAAUAUCACCCAUCGUGAUAUCAAGCCCGACAAUAUUCUCAUCGCCUCGCGAGAGCCUCUUGUGGUCAAGCUGUCAGAUUUUGGAUUAUCUAAAUGCGUCAACGACCAGGAAACAUUUCUCAAGACAUUCUGCGGCACCCUUCUCUAUUGUGCACCAGAAGUGUAUCCAGACUAUGGACAUUACGCCAACGGCCCGACAAAACGACGCCGACUCGGUGAACCGACUUCGAAACCUUUACCUUCACCCUAUGACCAAUCUGUUGAUAUGUGGUCUUUUGGAGCAGUCAUCUUCCACAUGCUUUGUGGAAAGCCCCCCAUUUUGGGCAGAGGAGAUGAUCGUGGAGCACAGAUGCUCAACAACAUCAUGACAAAGGACGUUGACUUCCUCCCUCUCAAACAGGUGGGCGUGUCUCCAGAUGGGAUAGAUUUCAUUGCCAGACUGCUACAACGGACUCCACACCUUCGGCCGAAAGAAGCUCAGUGCCUGCGCCACCCGUGGUUGCGUCACGUUGAGGACAACGUGGUAUACGACAAUGUUGAAGACAACAUCGAAGAGAUGUCGGUCGGUGCAGGACUGGCAGAUGAUGAUCUAAUCGACUCCGAUCUGGUGGCAAAUCUGGCGCAGUUGACUUCGCAGCCGACGUCUAGCCAAUCUCCAGAUCGUCCAAGCAAGAAGCCAAGACGAGAUUUUGCGAUGGAGACGGUGGCACGCGAAGUGGGAUAUCCUGCUCUUCCUUCUUUGUCACAAGGUUCUGGACCCGAACUGUCACAUGCAAUACAACCCAUCCCCGAAGAGCGGCUCUUCGGUGAAGUGACACCGUCAUUGCUUCGCAGUUCGGGAAUUUUUGGUCACAAUCUACAGCCGGUAACCGCAGCCAACGUGCCGGAAUUUGGCGACCGGAUUGAGCAGGUCAGCGUGAAUGAUUUUGUAACUCACGGAGACAUCGAGUCGCUCCCACAAGAUGCAUUUGACAAUGGACAACCGCGCCAACAUACCCACGCAGUUGCGGAUGCACACCCUCAAGACCAGACUGCUUCGGCGGCGAGGCUACUCGGGCAGCUCAACAUGGCGUCACCUGAUGCCGAACCAUCCGAUGGAGGAACAACAGACACCACUAAUCCCGUCACACCCCACACACGAGAACUCACGCCUUCUAACGUUGAUGACCAUUCCGGCGCUGGUGGGGCGGCCAAUGAUACCUCGGAGCCUCUGUUCACACGACGAAUCGAUCUCGGUCUGGUAACGGAUCCGGAGAAUUUCGCUGCCGAAAUCAGAGCUCGCGAUGCAUCAAGAGCCGAAAAAAUGCGGACAAGCACCCAAACAUUCCAUGGGAACGCCGGUGGUCGGAUCUACACAUCUCCUGCUAAUGUAGCUGUGACUCUCGAUGCCAGGACAGGACUUCAAGCCCGUGUCAUGAGCAGCACGAGUGAAGUUAUUGAAGAAUCACGCAAGGUUCCUGUCCAGGAAGAAGUAAAAGAAGGUACAGGACGGUUUUUGAAGCCUCCAAAACGCUUCGGAAAGCUGGUCAGCAUGCCCGGCUCAUUAGCAAACAUUACGAUCAAUCUAGAAACCCGCCUGACCUCAUGGGGGAGAGGCAUCGAUUGCACAGUACCUUAUGCCGAUCGAAAGGAUACCCGCAUUCCCAAAUACGCUCUUAAGGUCACUUUUUGGGCUCCUGGGAUGGAGAAACACCUCGAGGGAGGCGGCAACUGGAUGGACCUUUCUGGAAUCCGUACCCUUCUCUCGACGUCAGCGAGCAGAAACAUCCUGGUGAACGGCGUAGAACUGCGCAAAGAGUCAGCGGAUGGCCAAGCAGCCCUUUUCGGACAAGUUUUCACAGGCGAUAUCAUCACCAUCUUCGAUGACCAGAAUGGUCAAUUUCUCAAGUUCAAAGUGGAGAUCACGUUUGGUGAUAGUGCUCGCCAGCGACCAAACGAGGAAGGUCCAUUUCGCAUCCAAGAAGAAAGACAACACCACCAGCGAGUGAUGAAAGAACGCGAGAGUAUGCGAAUAAGUCGAAUUGAAAAUUGAAAAUUGAACAGCGGUGAGAAGUCUUUGCCUAGCAGGACAAACGAAUGGAUGGCGCUGUUUCAACAUGUUAUGCUUGUUUCCCACAGGGCAGAUUGGCCUAUGUCUGCCAUCGAAUCCACCUUUAGGCUGGUGCUACAUACGGGGCGAUAACGAUAUGGAGGGCUACACGAUGUUUAGAAAAUACCACAGCGCUGCGAAUCAUCGUUGAAAGACCUGAUUAUCAAUUGCAUUAGGAAUGAGAAUGUUGGACAAGAUGUCUGCAACCGGCGUUGGACCCCUGCUUCUGUAAUGUGGGUGACUGCAACUUGAUGAUGGUAGCCACGGCAGAUAAAUGAUGCAGGAGUGACCAUGGAAGGUAUGGAAGGCACGGCCCUUGAACUUUUCAUCUUAACAAGUGGAAAGAAGGCACCUUCCGUAUGAUAGUCGACUUGAAUCAUGAAAAUAGAAUUUAUGUGCACUGA